AUGUCUGAAUCAUUUAAUGCUUGGAUUGGAAAGUUAAGAGGGAUGCCUAUUACCACCUUAUUAGACUAUUUUAGGGAAAAAUGCAUGGUUAAAUUACAUAAGAGAUAUGCAGUAGGAAGUAUUUGGGAGGGUAAGCUAACACCUCAUGCACAAAAGAUGUUAAAAAAAGUCAUUAAUGAGAGUAGGAGGCAAUAUAGAGUUAUACAUGGUAGAAAUGAUGAGUUUGAAAUUAAAGAUGGAAAAGCUAAAUUUGCAGUCAAUCUUAGAGAGCGAAAAUGUAGUUGCCAGUGGUGGGAUAUCUCUGGAAUGCCUUGUAAGCAUGCAUGUAUUUGCAUUGGCUAUAAAAGACUGAACGCAGAGGAUUUUUGUGAUGAUUACCACUCAAUCGAAAGAUAUUUAAAAACUUAUAAUGGUGCAUUACAUCCCAUGCCUGAAAUGGAUAUGACCACGGAUGAUACAUCUCUACAUUUACUGCCCCUGCCUCUUAAGAGAUUACCUGGAAGACCACGAAAAAAUAGACGUGGGGAAGCCGGAGAACCCGGUCCUUCUACAACAUCUAAGAGAGUUAAUACAGUUCGAUGCAAAACAUGCAGUCAAUUAGGCCACAACAAAAGAGGUUGUCAGCGAACAACCAAUGACCAACGAGUAAGUUUGGUUAUUUUUUCAUAA